AGGAGUCUGAAGUGUCAUCUGCUGCAAAAAGCUGAAAUUAUGGAUGACAAGUGAGACAGCAGCGUUUGCAUUCUCAACCUGAUGCAGAGGGUCUGAAUUACCAGUGGGAAAGCAAAGACAAUAUAACGGUUUUCAUAUUUCAUGAGUGAAUUACAGCUAGGACUUGUACUUACCACAGCAGAAUACUCAGGUUUGUGAACCAAUGCAGGUCAGUUAUUUAGGCAAUACGUGGAAAAUCUGUUUUGGUUCUUGGACUGAGAACUUGAAACUCAUUUCAUAAGUGAAAGGUUUUGGCAAAGCAAUUCUCACUAAAGGAGGGAAUUUCAAGCACCUUCAUAAAUGCAGUGCUGGAUGUCUGCCUCUACUGACAUUCUAUUUUUUUCUUUUCCUGCCAGAAGUCUUUUAUUUUCUAAAAAUAUUUACUUGACUCUGCAUAUCGCUGCCUAAUCUAAAGAUGGAUAAUCAAGUGCUGAUUUUAAAAUCCCAACUGGUUCAGGAUAUAAGAAUGACUUUUAAAACAUUGCUAAAAUGAUCUGUUUGGAACAAAUUUUCUAAAUGAUUAUGCUCUUCUGGCUGGUUUCUACACUACCAACCCCCCACUCCCUCCCCCUAUAACCACUGCUGCCAUCCUAAUCUUCUAGACCAUUUAGUGCCCUCCUCUUAUCCUAAGUAAAAUACAAUUGCUGGCUCCGAUAUUCAUUAGGUGAUAAUCCAGAUUAAUUCAGACUUUGAUGUAGAAACAAGUCCCAUUUCAGCUGCCAAGAAAUCCAGAUCGCCCCAUGGAAAAUGCACACACACAUGCACGUACACACACCCGCACGCAGUAUGUAGAAUGCCUUAAAGAAACUGUAGCUAACCACCUUAUUAGUAUUCCUCCCUCCUCUGUGUUUCACUUGCAGCAACAGAGGGCUGAGCAAAAUGCAGUAGAACAGGGACAGAGACAGAGCUGGCAAUCAUCUCGGUGCAGGCUGCUGAAUGUAGGGGGUGGGGGGGAUGCAGCAAAGCAAGAUUAAUAACCUUGCCAUAAUCCUGUGCACCCUGGAAGGAGAUACCUCCGGUGACUGAGCGGCUCUUGUCUUGAUUAAUUGGACUGAGUGAAUGAGUGGCUGGCAAUCCACCUGGUUUGGAGGCGACCCCCUGGUUUUGCUGCUCUCUGAAUCCUCUACCCAUCUGGGAAGGUAACAGUGAGACAUACCAUCUGCAGCACACACAGCAGCUAUUGGAGGCUACUACUGACAGUUUGCACUACAGUUUUUUGGUGAGCAAGAAGCCAGGUAUAUUGUACAGUAGGAUAUUUCUGUGCUCAAGCUACUGAAUUUCACAAUCUGGUCCUUCAGCAACCCCCUACGCUCCCUUUCCAAUUGCCUCUGAGUUCUGGGUUUACUUUUGGCAUAAUCUUCUGGACACGUUUUGCUGGGGAUGGAAGUGCAGUAAAUGGAACCUCUGAAAACUAAUUGUUUUGCUUGCGGGUGACUCGAGAAAUAAAAAAGCUAGAAGAAUCACAUCCACUUGGAGGAAUUUAAAUUUCUCUCUGAGAAGUUUAUAGAGGGACUGUACUAAAGAAAUGAAUUCCUUUAUUGCAAGAAAUUGUGAUUAUUUAUUGAUUCAGAAAGAAAACAGACUGAUGUUCUCUUGGGUCUUCUGAACAACAUGAGAUAUUUGAAAACCUACCGGAGUGGAAAACUACAAACUAAAGAAAACUUCCUUCUCUACUGAAAUAACUGAGUCAGAAGGAAUCCCUGUCACUGACUUCUUUCCAGAAUUGUCUAAAUAGAAGACGCCUCUCAAAACAAUUUGGAAAUUAGGAAGUUGAGAUCACCUAUUUUGACGCAAAUCACUAAACAGUCACCAGCAGCACAAGUCUAGCAGACAGGAACAGCAAAACCUUCUGACAUUCAGUAAACCCCAUAAGAGGUCUCCAGAGGGAUUGCUUCUAGGAGUUGAACCAUAACCUUUUUCUCUAUGAGCAUCACAGUCUUUGUCUCACUGCAAAAAAUGCUGGCCAGUGCUCUAAAUUUGCUGUUGCCUAUGACAUUGGCAUCUUUUCCUUGAGAGGUGUUUUUUUCCUGUUCACCACCAGAAGUAAUCCUUUUAACAAGAAACUCUUGCUGAGACCUUGAAGAUCGGAUGUGAUUCAGUAAGGUAGAGAGGCAGGCGUGGAGAGAAUCAAACAGCCCAUCUUGAGAUCAUGCAAAGACGCUGGAAAUACAAUUCCAGGCAGUUCUGGCUAUAACACUUUUGAUGCCCACAUCACUAGCAGCAGUUCUACAAGCACCAACGGGUGGAUGCUGUGGGGGGGUCCAGGCAGCUCUGUGGAACAGUCUCCAAUGGGCUAGUAGGAUGAGAAGGUCCAGGGGUAGUUUGGGAAACGAGGAGAAACAUCACCUCCCGAGACGGUAAACCUACUGAAAAGACAAUUCAAACUCCAGAAGGACCAACACCAAAUAAAUUAUGAAUGUUGAACAAGAUGACCUUACAUCCACAGCAGAUAAUGAUAGGUCCUAGGUUUAACAGGGCCCUAUUUGACCCCCUGCUUGUGGUGCUGUUGGCUCUUCAGCUUCUUGUGGUGGCUGGUCUAGUGAGGGCUCAAACUUGCCCUUCUGUCUGCUCCUGCAGCAACCAGUUCAGUAAAGUGAUUUGUGUACGGAAAAAUCUUAGAGACGUGCCAGACGGCAUCUCCACCAACACCCGGCUACUCAAUCUCCAUGAGAACCAGAUUCAGAUCAUUAAAGUUAAUAGCUUCAAGCAUCUGAGGCACCUAGAAAUCCUGCAGCUCAGCAGGAAUCACAUCAGAACAAUUGAAAUAGGGGCUUUCAAUGGUCUGGCCAAUCUCAACACUUUGGAACUCUUUGACAAUCGUCUGACCACUAUCCCAAAUGGGGCUUUUGUAUACCUAUCAAAACUGAAGGAACUGUGGUUGAGAAAUAACCCCAUUGAGAGCAUCCCUUCUUAUGCUUUUAACAGAAUCCCUUCCCUCCGGAGGUUGGAUUUGGGGGAAUUGAAAAGGCUUUCAUACAUCUCAGAAGGUGCCUUUGAAGGUCUGUCCAACUUGAGGUAUUUGAACCUUGCCAUGUGCAAUCUUCGAGAGAUUCCUAACCUUACUCCGCUUGUAAAACUGGAUGAGUUAGAUCUUUCUGGGAAUCACCUGACUGCCAUCCGGCCAGGUUCUUUCCAAGGGUUGAUGCAUCUUCAGAAAUUGUGGAUGAUACAGUCCCAGAUUCAAGUGAUAGAAAGGAAUGCUUUUGAUAACCUUCAGUCACUUGUAGAGAUCAACCUGGCACACAACAAUCUAACACUACUGCCUCAUGACCUGUUCACACCGCUCCGCCUAGAAAGGAUCCACUUGCAUCACAAUCCUUGGAACUGCAACUGUGAUAUCCUUUGGCUCAGCUGGUGGAUUAAAGACAAGGCACCCUCCAACACUGCAUGCUGUGCCCGUUGCCACACUCCCCCCAGUUUAAAAGGAAGGUACAUUGGUGAGCUGGACCUGAAUUACUUCACAUGUUAUGCUCCAGUCAUAGUGGAGCCACCAGCAGACCUCAACGUCACAGAAGGCAUGGCUGCAGAGAUGAAAUGCCGGGCAUCGACCUCCCUGACCUCUGUAUCUUGGAUUACUCCAAAUGGAUCUGUAAUGACGCAUGGGGCAUACAGAGUUCGGAUUGCUGUGCUCAGUGAUGGCACGUUAAAUUUUACAAAGGUAACUGUGCAAGACACGGGUUUGUACACAUGCAUGGUGAGUAACUCUGUUGGGAAUACCACUGCUUCUGCCACACUGAAUGUGACCGCCCUGGAUAACCCUGGUUACACGUACUUUUCAACCGUCACGGUGGAGACUGUGGAACCUUCUCAGGAUGAGGCACAGACCACAGAGCAGGUUGGGCCCACACCAGUUACCAACUGGGAAACCAUUAACAUGACAACCUCACUCACUCCACAGAGCACAAGAUCAACAGAAAAAACGUUCACCAUUCCUGUGACGGACGCAAACAACGGGAUCCCAGGAAUAGAUGAGGUUAUGAAGACUACCAAAAUCAUAAUUGGUUGUUUUGUGGCUAUCACUCUCAUGGCAGCUGUGAUGCUGGUAAUUUUCUACAAAAUGAGGAAACAGCAUCACCGGCAGAACCAUCAUGCUCCAACACGGACUGUAGAGAUCAUUAAUGUGGAUGAUGAGCUUACAGGUGACACACCCAUAGAGAGUCAUUUGCCCAUGCCAGCAAUAGAGCAUGAGCACUUAAAUCACUAUAACUCUUAUAAAUCUCCUUUCAACCACACAACAACAGUUAACACAAUAAAUUCAAUACACAGUUCAGUGCAUGAACCGUUAUUGAUCCGAAUGAACUCGAAAGACAAUGUUCAAGAGACUCAAAUCUAAAACAUUUAUGACAUUAAGGGGUGGGGUGGGGGGACAACAAAAGAUGGUUUAUAAAACAAAUGACACAAAUGACUGGGCUAAAUCUACUGUUUCAAAAGUGUCUUUACAAAGAAAAAGAAAUUUAUUUAUUAAAAAUUCUAUUGUGAUCUAAAGCAGACAAAAUUAUGUGUAUUCCUCAGAACCUGUUUUUGCUGCAGUUAUUUACCCUCCUCGUUCCCGUUUUCCUGCCCAACCUACCCUGUCUCCCAUUUGCCAUAUUUUUCAUAGGAGAUCUUGAUUCCCUAAAAGAACUGAUCUAGGAAAUUUUGUAAGAAUUCUGUUACACUUUGGGAAUUUUUAUGGUGAAUUCUAGUGGUGAGAUUCGGUCUAUUUUGUCACUUUCUCUUUUUUCUUUUGUUCUCUCAUACCCUUUUUGAAAUUAUUCAACAGAGAAUGGAGUAAUAACAGUAACUUUGCAAGUGAGAAAAACAAGUAAACCUUUUUUCUCCAUGUAAUGAUUUGCUCUGUAUUUACCGAAAGCACCAUUCUGUGAAAAAAAAUGGAAAAAAAUAGUAAAAAAUACAAACCAAAAAUUAAUUUACUUGUGAAAGCCUAUAAAACCCAUGAUCUUUUAAGCAAUUCUAGAACCAGAAUUUGUAGUUCAAACACUAAACUAAGAUUAUAAAUAAAAUAUUGGUUUUUUUCUGUA